GCUACCUUUAGGAGAAACAGCCCUGUCUGCGGCUCCCACUCUCAGAGGGGACCCAUGGUGUGGGGGGAGAUGGUGUCAGGGACAUGGGCACCAACCCCCAAGGGUCUCUGCUGCCGGCUCCUCUCUUCUCCAGGCUCUGGGACCCUAAGCGCCUAGGGAAGGACUCUGGACAUCCAUUUCUCAGGGAAGACUGCAACUCAGAGUGUGUCUCAGUGGGAAGAAUUUGAAACAAAAUCAGGACUCCGGCUGCGGCCGCCAUGGCGCAGGAGAAUGCCGCUUUCUCUCCGGUGUCGGAGGAGCCGCCGCGGCGCCGCGGCCGCCAGCGCUACGUGGAGAAGGACGGCCGCUGCAACGUGCAGCAGGGCAACGUGCGCGAGACCUACCGCUACCUGACCGACCUGUUCACCACGCUGGUGGACCUGCAGUGGCGCCUCAGCCUGCUCUUCUUCGUGCUCGCCUACGCGCUCACUUGGCUCUUCUUCGGCGCCAUCUGGUGGCUCAUCGCCUACGGCCGCGGCGACCUGGAGCACCUGGAGGACACGGCGUGGACGCCGUGCGUCAACAACCUCAACGGCUUCGUGGCCGCCUUCCUCUUCUCCAUCGAGACCGAGACCACCAUCGGCUACGGGCACCGCGUCAUCACCGACCAGUGCCCCGAGGGCAUCGUGCUGCUGCUGCUGCAGGCCAUCCUGGGCUCCAUGGUGAACGCCUUCAUGGUGGGCUGCAUGUUCGUCAAGAUCUCGCAGCCCAACAAGCGGGCCGCCACGCUGGUCUUCUCCUCGCACGCCGUGGUGUCGCUGCGCGACGGGCGCCUCUGCCUCAUGUUCCGCGUGGGCGACCUGCGAUCCUCGCACAUCGUGGAGGCCUCCAUCCGCGCCAAGCUCAUCCGCUCGCGCCAGACGCUCGAGGGCGAGUUCAUCCCUCUGCACCAGACCGACCUCAGCGUGGGCUUCGACACCGGGGACGACCGCCUCUUCCUCGUCUCGCCUCUCGUCAUCAGCCACGAGAUCGAUGCCGCCAGCCCCUUCUGGGAGGCGUCGCGCCGCGCCCUCGAGAGGGACGACUUCGAGAUCGUAGUCAUUCUCGAGGGCAUGGUGGAGGCCACGGGAAUGACAUGCCAAGCUCGAAGCUCCUACCUGGUGGACGAAGUGCUGUGGGGCCACCGGUUCACGUCUGUGCUCACCCUGGAGGACGGCUUCUACGAGGUGGACUAUGCCAGCUUCCACGAGACCUUUGAAGUACCCACGCCCUCAUGCAGCGCCCGGGAGUUGGCAGAAGCUGCAGCCCGCCUUGAUGCCCAUCUCUACUGGUCCAUCCCCAGCAGGCUGGAUGAGAAGGUGGAGGAAGAGGGGGCGGGGGAGGGGGCAGGUGGGGGAGAUGGAGCUGACAAGGAGCAGAACGGCUGCCUACCACCCCCCGAGAGUGAGUCCAAGGUGUGACUGGUUUUCUCCAAACCCCUGUGGCAGACCAGGGGGCUAGGCACAGGAACAUGAAAGUGGAGAGAGAAGAGGGAGGAGGCAGGCCAUGUCCCAAGGAAUAGCUUAAAGUUGGGAGAGGCUCACUGAGUCCAGGAUCCAGUAGCGAAGGAAGAAGCCCUGGCUUGAAGAGAAGAGAGGGCGGGAACGAGAGAACCUAUCAGUCUGUCUGUGUUUGACCUUCCCAUCUGUUCGUGGGUGGACGGAUGGACCGAGGACGGGCUCGUGGGGUUGAAUGGGAAGGUGGGGCAGACAGAGGCAGCCAGUGGAUAGCUUGGCUGGCAAAAUGAAUCAAGAGUUGGUGAACUUAGUGCUGCCUUAACCUGCAGCAUGCCUUUGUGCGAAACCCGCCUGUACCCUCUUCUUCUAGACAGAGGCAGCCUCAAGCCAGGGGACGUGGCUAAACCAGGGGACGUGGCUUAGGGAGUAGAGUGUCCGAUGGAUUGCUGCCCCCACUCUCUUCCUCAGCUGGCCUCCCUAUGUGCGAUGCACCUGUCUAGACAAAGCGGCCACCGCUGGGCCAGAGAAGAGGAAACGGGGUGGAGGAGGGCAUAAAUGUGACCCUCCCCAAUUUCACUGUCCCACUCCGACAGGCUCAGAAAGGUGUCUACAGCCUUAAUCCUCAGGGGACAGGCAGACAAGCAAUGGGGGUAGAUGCUGAGCAGGGGCCCUGGAGCAGGACCAGGAGCGACCCAGGGACAACUAUUUUGUGACCGUGGAGUGAAACCUUGCAGGCACUGCUAUGGAAGCAAGAAAACAGAGCGAUUCUGAAGCAGAAGAAAGGCCAUGGGAGACUUAAUAAGUGGUUUUAUGAGGGAAGCCUGAUCCCUAGGGAAAGCAGUUUAUCCUUGGGGCACAGUGACAGGGGUUCAUUCAAAAUGGUGGUUGGGCAUCAGGGGUGGCAUUCCAAAGACCUGGUCCUAACACAAGAACGCAGCACAGGUGGAGGUCAGAAAUCCCCGCCCCCCACAGCAACUGAAGGCAGUGUGGCUCACACUAGGAGCUCACGCUAGGAGCCCACACAAGCUCUUAGAGCCAGGUGUGACAUGGCAGUAGCAACCAGGAAGCUAAGGGCUGAGUAAGGCAGGGGGAAUGGUGGGAACCAUCAGUCACAGAGCUUUGCGUCACUCACCUGGAGGGCUUGUUAAAACAGAUUGCUGGGUCCCACUCCCAACAUUCUGACUCAGUAGGUCCGGGAUGGAAACAAAAAAAAAAAAAAAAAAAAAAAAUCUGCACGUCUGACUAGUUCCCAGAUCUAACAGGUUCCCAGAUCGUGCUGACCCUGUUGGUCUGGGGACUAUGCUUGGAUGAGGCAUCUAAGCGGAGGAGAAGCUGAAAGGAAGCCGAGGAACCUCAAGAAGGAAAAUGUCGGGGAAAGGGACCGUGGUCCAGGCCGAAGAGCUUAACUUUGGGUCCAAGAACGGAAACGUCAGUGGUAACUGGCCAGUGACACUGAGGUGGCACCUGGGAAGAUGAGAGGGCAUCAGGGACAGGUGGAAAGAGUUCGAAGGCCUUUGGGGGACCCCUGAGGAGGCAGUGGGGAGCUGAAGCUGAAUGGGCUUUUAUGACAAAGGACGAACCCUCUAAUAGGACUGACAAGGCAGCAUCGACUAGGGGAGAGAACGGAGCUUACACUUCCGGGUAUCUGCCGCCCGCCAUCUGUCCCGCCGGGACAGGGAACCCUGGAGAUACAUACCCCCACCCCACCCACCUCCGCUGCAUCCUGGCCUUGUCCCCAGUCAUCUUGGGGUGAUGAGGGGAUGGCGAUGGCAGAUUGGGGAGCAGAAGGUCAGUCAAGGCACUUGAGGCUGGGCACUAAGUGUAGCCCAGAUGAACACGUCCUCUGAUGGGGAUGGUUCAAACCUUGGCCCUGGCUACACCCACUCCUGCCCUCGAAUAAAGGUCUGCUGUUCCAGGCUAAGAAGCCAGCACCCAAUGGGGGCACUGCGCCUCCCUCCCAGUGGACCUCCGCUUAGGUCCACUCAGAGGACGCCAGCUGUUGCCUCUCCCCUUCAGUGUGACAAUGGACUCAGGUUUCAGGACCACCCGGGUCUCUCUCACAAAUGAGGUCCGUGAACACAUAUCUGCUGCAGUCCCCCACAGACACUCUGAGCACAGGGAGUGGCCGGGGUUGGAAUUCAGGGGGAAACGGGUCGAGUCUGCGCAAGAGGGGGUGGUGCCUGGCGUCCUCAUACAGAGCACUGGAAUGGAGAUGUUGAAGCUGCUCCUGGAAGUCGCUGAGAAGCCACCACUCAGGGCACCGCUGUCCAGGGCAGUCAGUUGACCUGGGUUCUAGUGCCAAACGCUGAUUGUCACUAAUUACCUCUAUGACUCUCAGUAAGACACAUCACUUCUCUGGGCCUCAGUUUCCUUUUCUGUAAAAAAAAAAAAAAAAAGAUAUUUGGCAAA